CAAGCGGGCGGGAAGGCAGUCCGCGCCCGCAGCUUCCCCGCGGCUGGGGACGGGCACCCCUGACGUCACCCGCCCCUUCCAUUGGCCCGUGGUGGCAGCACAUGGUCAGGGCCGCGGUAUAAAGGCGGCCCCGGCAGCCCCUCGGCAGGUUCCCCGGCCGGUCUGUCUUGCAAGCGGAGCGCGAUGGCGAACCCCGAGGUCUUCCUGGGCAAAUGGUGCCUGGUCUCCAGCGAGGGCUUUGACGAGUAUAUGAAGGAGCUGGGUGUGAGCUUGGCCAUGAGGACGAUGGGAGGUAUGGCCAAGCCAGAUGUUACCAUCAGCAAGGAAGGAGAUACUUACAAAGUGAAAACAGAAAGUACCUUCAAAACAUCAGAAUUCUCCUUCAAAUUGAAUGAGAAAUUCAAUGAAGAUACAAUAGAUGGCCGAAAAACAGAGACUCUUAUAACGUUAGGUGAUGAUAACGUGUUGACCCAGGUCCAAAAAUGGGAAGGCAAAGAGACCACGAUAAAAAGGAAGGUGGAAGAUGGGAAACUGAUUGUGGAAUGUGUCAUGAACAAUGCCAAAUGUACUCGAGUUUACAAGAAAGCAUGAAGACACUGGUCCCCCAUUUAUAUUGAGAGUUCAGAGAUGGACAGCUCGGUUCCAGGCAUAAAGCUAGUCAACACUCCAUAUUAUUUCUCAUCUUUGUCUCCCCACUCCUUUUUUUAGCAUUUGGAAGAAUCAGUACUGUAUACAAUGAAAUUUCAAAUCUGUUAUGUAUCUUUUGAGAACUAUUAAAUUUGACAUAAGAUGUGAUCUUGUAACUGUA